CGUUCAUCCACCCAUCUACUCCGCCUUUUGAGGCAACAACUUUGACCAUGCCACCUAGAAUAAUCAAGCGGUUGAAGACACCUAUGGUCUCCGCAGAUUUGAAAGUACGAAAUACGCGCAGUCGGACACGAAGUGGCCUUCAAGACUCAGACAUGUUGAACAUGCCAAUGGAUAUCAUCCAUGAGAUCCUGCGGCAUCUCCUGCCACACGAUCUACUCAGCCUCACGCGAACGUCCAAGGCAUUCCACGCAUUCCUGAUGAGGAAGAGUUCAGCCUACUACUGGAAACAGUCUCUGAAACAAGUCGACGGCCCUCUUCCUCGGUGUCCGAAGGAAUUAAUUGAACCUGCCUGGGUCGCCCUAGUCUUCUCGCCCAUUUGUACG